AUGACGGCCACGCCGGAUCGGCCGCAAAGACAGCCGAUGGACUCCAUAGACGAAAGACUUAUCCUAAACGUGGGAGGGGUCCGUCACGAGACGCACGUGUCCACGUUACGCAACGUUCCCAGCACACGCCUUUCGCGCCUCUCCGAGACACACGUGCAGUCGCGCCAACAAGAGGAGUACUUCUUUGAUCGCCACCCAGCCGUCUUUAACUCCGUCAUCGACUUCUACCGAACAGGUGAACUGCAUGUACCGCUGGACGUUUGCGGGGCGGUGGUCAAAAGGGAACUGGACUUUUGGCAAAUUGAUGAGUUUCAAAUCCGAGCGUGUUGCUGGCGCCAUUACCGCGUGUACAUCGACAACCAGCGCAUACUGGAGGCGUACAACACGAACCUGGGCAUCGAACACGACGACUGCAGCUUGGACGACCUGACCGGCUGGAAGAGGUUCCAGAUGAAAGUGUGGAUCCUCCUGGAUCACCCGCGCUCCUCUCGUGCCGCCAUGAUAUACGGCAUCACCUCUUUCUUCUUCGUGAUUCUGUCCAUCUUAGGGUUCUGUUUGGAGACGCUUCCCAGUCUCCGGCCCCAGAGCGUCACCGCACUCGCUAACGCCACCAGUAGACCAGAGUGCGAUGGAAAAGCUCGCGAUCAAAUGCUUCGCUGGGAGCCUAAUAUCUUUCUGAACAUCAUCGACAUUAUCUGUACCGUGUUUUUCACGCUGGAACUGAUCUGCAGAUUUACCUUCGCCCCAAACAAGCUCAAGUUCAUUAAGUCCGCCAUGAACAUCAUCGAUAUAAUAGCCCUCGUUCCACUCUACGUGCAGUUCGUUCUCAACAUAAUCGACAUUGAAUACUGCUACAUGAGUGAGAGGCUCGUGUUCGAGGUGAUGUUCAUUCUGAGGAUAAUCCGGAUGUUCAGGAUAUUCCAUUUGGUCAAACAUUACCAGGCGUUAAAGAUAUUAGUUUGUGCUUUGCGAGCAAGCACCCACGAGCUGCUCAUGCUUCUCAUAUUUAUGAUUAUUGGCAUGUUGAUAUUCGCAAGUAUGAUUUACUAUGCAGAAAGAGAAGACGUUGUCAACCCCGGCAAGACGUUUGCGACGAUACCCGUUGGCUUUUGGUGGGCCAUCAUAACCAUGACGACAGUGGGUUACGGAGACGUCUUCCCUAAAUCGUCCCUGGGGUAUCUCGUGGGUGCCGGGUGCGCGGUCUGUGGGGUGCUGAUGCUGGCUCUUACCAUCCCCGUCAUAUCCAACAAUUUCACCCUUUUUUACACCCACGUACGGUCACGCUCGGAAGUGCCGAAGGGCACACGAAUCAAGUCUCCUGAGGAAGUCGUCCUAGAACCCAUCGUGACUAUGCAGAGGAAACAUUCUGGGUGCUUUAUUCACAAGUGUGUUGUCAGAAAUCCACGUAACAGUUGACCAUAUACUUAAUUGUGUUUCAUUCUAAACUAAGUACAAGAUGUAAUGACCUCGUGAAUAAUGAAUACA